AUGACCAGAUAAAACUUCAUGUUUGUGAACUGUGUUAUACAUCGUUUAAGACAAAAAGUUUCUUUCAGGGAGAAUGACUACAGAAUUGGGAUUCUGGAUAUUUUCGGCUUUGAAAAUUUCAAGCGCAAUUCAUUUGAACAGCUUUGUAUAAACAUCGCAAAUGAACAGAUCCAGUACUACUUCAACCAGCAAAUCUUCUCUUGGGAAAUGGUGAGUGCUUGGACCAAAUGUUAGUUUCUAGCUAGAUCCUUUUAAUCUACAUAGUUGCUGAUGAUAAAGGCAUUGGAAUUGAAGUCCAGAAGUCUUGGGUUCAAGUGCCGUUUUUACCAUGAUGCCCUAUUACUUAUUGUGCCGUAAAUUCUACUACAAGUAAAUGAAAAUUAUUCUAGUCUGUACUUUUUUUUUCUCACCAUUAAAGUACCCAUUCUGUUGUUUUUUGUUUUAUUUAGGAAGAGUAUCGUUCUGAGGGAAUUUCUCUUGAGCAAGUUGUAUUUACCGACAAUAGACCUGUUCUGGAUAUGUUUCUUCAGGUACAGCAGACUUAUUUUCAUGUAAUACAAUUCUUAGUUUGCUCUUAUGCUGAGGGGGAAGGGAAAACAAAAUGGUAAGGCUGAGCUCAAGAAGUAAAUAUUAUUAUUGAUUUUUUUCUUGUUUUAAAACACUCGUAAAAUUUCGAGAGAAAAGGGGUCUUUGAAGCAAUUAAAAACGUUUCUGCGUUCGAGUAUUGCCUUUUCUUUUGCUUUACAGUUCUUAACUCUAAACUGUUAUUUUGUUAACAUGCUAGAAACCCAUCGGCCUACUUGCUUUACUAGAUGAGGAAAGCCGCUUCCCCAAAGCAACUGACUUCACUCUUGUGGGUACGUAUGUUUCAAUUCAUCAUUCAAGUCCUCUUUACGUUGUUACUUUCUUUAUUACUAUGUCUUUUGCAGUGUUGUUACAUUCACACUUUAUCCAAUAAUCUGCAGAGAAAUUUCACAAGAAUAUUGAGGGUCCACACUAUGAGCGAUCUAAAGAGAAUGACAUGUAUCCAUCAUUUGUCAUUGUACACUAUGCUGGACGGGUAUGUACUGGCUUCACGACUUUUAAUAAAUUGCGUCUUUUGUUUUCUCUUCUAUUGCUCUUCAAUUGUAUUCACUCCCCUUGUUGCCAGGGUUACAUGUACCUUGGCUUUUAUCUUACAUGGCGAGUGUGGUGUUAUCGGAAUGGUAACACUCUGCCAAGUGAGGGCCGAGUACAACCUCGUCCCCAGGCUCCACUGUUAUUAAGAAGACAUAGAAUGCAGGGCAUCCUGGAUAGGAAUACAGUGCAAACCUCCUGUGACACCACUCAAGCCAUUCAGUUGUGUUCUUUUCCAUCUCUAUCCUGUCUUCUCUCAGUCAAUUGUUCACUGAACUGUAGUCUGCGCAGGCCUAUUAAGCAUUGUCUAUUAUUGUUUGCCCACUUCCUAGGUAAAAUACAAUGCAACAAACUUCCUAGCAAAGAACCGCGACACUCUGUCCACCGACAUCAUACAUGUACUUCGAUCUAGUGGUAAGGACAAAACUUAGGUAUCUAAAGUACUUAAUAGCACUAACAGCAGCGCUGGUUGGUAUCUUUUCACUUCAAUAGCUUCAUUGACUUAAGUACCAUGAAGUACCUUGUCAGAUUUAAACAAUCAGAUUGAUGAGGGGUCAGCAGCAUAAAUCGUAACGCCCUAGUUAACAGAAUCAGAUUCACUAUUUCUUAAGGGGUAUUUUGCCUUUCAUCCAUAUUGUAUUUAAUGUGGUAGCAGUUAGCCUGUGUGUGGGGGGCCUCGACAGCAGCCUGCUUACACGGGUGGCUCAAACGCGUUGCACGUUUAAAAACAACUGUACAUUCAUAGUUUAUGCUUUUGUCAACAGAUAAUCGUCUUGUAAGAACUCUGAUGCAGCAUCCAUUGUCCAGAACAGGUCAGUUGUUAUGUAAAGUGCAAACGUUUGCAAAGUUUUCUUUCACGCUUGACUCUGGUAUGUUGGUACAAUGCCGAGUCAAACUCCAAUAACCCAUUUCCAAUAUCCUCAAGCCUCUGUUUCAAAGCAAAGUUAUGUGCAGAGCUAUUGAUACGAAAAUGAAUUUUUGUUUUCAUGCAAAUAAAACUCAUUUUCACAAGAAAGGUUUUUCCUCUUAACCUCUUUUUGGAACUCGGAAAUGACCCAUUGCUUAAAAGGCUUGCUAAUCUUCUGAGCCUUUUCUCACGUGACACUCCUAAAUGUGCUCCCCUGAUUCAGUCCCAUGGGACACUUGGGCUCCUUUUCUUGGCAUUUCCCUUUUGCUGUUUCCUCAACGUUCUGAACAGAGUUCUUGUGCAGUAAGCUGUACUUCACUAUUCUUCACUACUCUUUUAUCUGUGUUCUAGUUGUUUCUUUAGUCUGUUAUUGUGUUCUCUCUCUGUCACCCUAUGGCUCAGAUCUUACUCAUCACGUAAAUGAUGAUGUCACUCAUACAGUGAAUCCCAAUUGGUGGAGGGUGAACAAGCCCUUCCCAGAAGCCACCAAAGCCGUAACAGACUACAAAGCUAAGGAGAGCUGGCUUAGGGGUGUGCUUAGGAAGAGGAAGAGUCUUGGUAAGACGGCAUGGAAGCAGAAAAGUAGCAAUAAGCAGAGUUCUUGGUUGAAAAUCUGGAGUGGAACUAACAACACUUCUUCUAGUUUGCCUUGUUUUCCUGUUGUAAGGAUUAAAUGAGCACGUUACCCUCGCCUUUGUAGCAAACAUAAAUCAGAUUGUCAGCUACUCACUCGGAUUAUCAGUCAUUUAUUGUCUUGUAUGCAAAACUAAAAUAACGGAGGCUAAAACUAGUUUUAACUUGCCUCCUUCUCCGCCGUUCUUGGCGUGUUCGGAUGUGACAUCACGCUUGAAUUUUAACCACUGCCUUCAGUAACUAUGUAUCGCGGAGAUUUCACAUCAAAAAUGUCUUAUUCUUGGUAAAACCGUCAUUUUGCUUAAAGUCGUUAAAACUGAUUUUUGCUGUUCAUUUAUGAAAUCUUCUGUAUGUUUUUCAUUUUUAAUGACUCGAAAGAUGAGUUUAGGGAUGGGGACUGUUAAAAAUUUUGACUGUUGUAAGUAUUCUCAGAAAUGUUGCUAUCCCCCAUGAUGACGUCAUCGCUGAUGGUUGAAGCUUUAUUUAAAGUAGCAUUUAAUCGUGAUGUGUUUGCUGUACAGGGGUGACAACGAAGAAGAACAGUUCUCAGCCUCCAGCGACGAAUAUCGAUAAGGACAAGGUACAGAGGACAGUUCAUUAGAGUUAUGCGUGUUAUUUGUUCUACAGUAGUUAACGAUUCAGUCAUCAUUGGAUGGUAAAACUUGCAUUUUAGUACUACUCUUACGAACACGUCAUCACUGGUAUUGGCUUUAUUCUGACUGGCUAGAAAGUGGUGUGAGAACGUACCAUUGCUUCCACCCAUAACUGAUAUAGCGGUCGUACAGUUUUUACCACUGAGCAUCUUAUGUUGUGUUUUUACCAUAAACAACUGAAGACAGCACAGUACUUCUUUUUCUCCUGUAGAAAAUCAAUGGCCUGUUGAGUUUGCCAGAGACCAAGCUUCCCUUCUCCUCUGCCUCAACCUCCAGAUGGCAGCAAACCGUUUCUGUUCACUUCAGGGUAAGUAUGACAGUCGCCAUAAUGAAUGUAAGGUUGUCUUGCAUAAGCUCGCAGAAAUGAAACCAAUUACUUAUCAGCUGCUUCUUUCCUAGGCGCUUAGUACUUUCUGUCAGAAAGUAGAGAGCGCGGGUGAUAUCAUGGAAGGGUGUACUGCAUCAUUCCCAUGAACCCACGCGUGCUGCGUUUGAGCGAGAAAGCUGUUUGAGGCUAAACAAGUUGUUAAAGAGAGGACGUUUUAAGAAAAGAUGUGAGCUUAUAGGAACUGGUGUAAGAUUUAAGGUUCUCUCUGAAAGGUCUUCGUUCCUCUUUUAACUGUUUUUUUUUCCUUUGCUGUCUGUAGUGUUCUUUACGAGAUCUUUUGGCUAAGUUACUCCCGACAGAAUCUCAUUUUGUGAGGUAAGUUGUGUGAAUCCCUGCUGUAAAAGUGUGAUCGCUCAGUGUACCUCCUUGACACAUUUAAAAUCGAAUUAUUUUUUAAAGGUGCAUUCGACCAAAUGAGCAGAUGAUUCCUGGUAAAUUUGACCAGGAAAAAGUUCAGACUCAGCUUAAAUAUACAGGAGUGCUGGAAACGACAAGAAUCCGUAGGCAGGUCAGUGAAAUACAUCACAACUUAGCGUGAGUUUUUAGCCUUAGAAAACAGCCGACAUUUCGCGACGCUACCACUGGUUUCCCUGAGAAAUGACGUCUGAGAAACAGCUGCAGAAAUUCCAUACUAAUGACGCGUCACUACCCAGAUCUGGGUAGUGCUUCCUUUUGGUUGAAGCAAAAUUCCUCUCGCUGCGCAACCGAUCAUAGUACUACCCAGAUCUGGGUAGUGACAAGCCAUCGGUAUGGAAUUUCUGCGCUGGUUGCUCAGACGUCAUUUCGCGGAGAAACCAGUGGUGGUGUCGCAAAAUGUCGGCUUGUUUCUCAUAACACGCAUGCAGUAUAGAGUGCCUAUUGACCCCGGCUGGACCAUGGUUGGUAGUUGCUAACUAGUACAACCUGCAGGCCUUCUCUAACACGCGAUGACCUUCAUGAGCUUCAUCCGCUGGUCAGUCGCAAGAUUUACGUAGUGAUUUUGAACUUGCUUCAACUAAAUAUUGUUAUCUUUUUAACUUGUUUUCAGGGAUACUCGGAGAGAAUUACGUUUGCGGAGUUUGUUAAAAGGUUUGUUUAUUUCCUAAUGUAAGGGGGGAGGUGGGGAAAGUUUCAAUGAACCACUAACUGAGGAUACGCGGUAGCUAAUUCUUAUCAUGUUAACCUGUUCCAAGCGUUCAGCUUCAUGUAAGAGAUAUAGAAGUGUGGCGCGAAGUCUGACUCCUUGCGCGUGCUGUCCCUACAAUCUAAACGCUUGAAACAGGCUAUUGUAUGUUUCUGAUAUCAUUAUGGCAAACUAAAUUGGCCAUUUCUCUCUCACCUCAAACUCUCACCUUUAAAACGAGGCUAAGAGCAAACCUUUUCUAGUGGAAAUGAGUUUUAUCUGCAUGAGAAUAAACAAUCAUUUUUAUAUCUAUGGCUGCGCACUUAGCCUCGCUUUGAAACAGAGGCUUGAGACAACUCUGAACUGGCCUAUCCCUGCACCCUCAAUGGACAAAGUCACACAUGUCUUAAUCGUUUUUUAUUUUUAUUUCUCGCAGAUACCAAGUGCUUUUAUACCCUCUUUACAAGAAAAUCCCCAGUGAUGCUACGUCUUGUCGUGUAAUUUUAAAACACUGCAAGCUAAAAAACUGGCUCAUAGGAAGAACCAAGGUUUUUCUCAAGUAUUAUCACGUAGAAGAACUCGCUCAUCGUCUUGAAAUGUAUCGAAGGAAGAUCAUCAUUCUACAGAAAGGUAUGUGUUAUAAACCGUUUGAUCAAUUAAUUUAGCUUCAACACUCAAUUCCCCACGCUUCAAGAGUAGGAUGCUCACCAGGCAAUAAUGUGAACAUAUCAUUUAUGUAUCCAUAGUUACAUAUUAGACCAGUUUGUGCAGAUGUGCAGGUAAGUAUGAACAUAGCCUAAUUACGUCACCACAUCAGUGAUCACAUUAGUGUACUUGAUCCAAGGGAUAGCAAAAGAAGUGGCGGUGCAUAUUGCCUUCAACUUCAAGCAGAUAAGAGGUAUUGACAGAUCUUAGAUUUUCUUUCCCUAGCUUGUACAUGAGAACUUUGCAUCAACAAGUAUACUUUUGUAAACCUAGUCUGGUCACCACUAAAAGUUCGGACAACUGCCGUCUGUUUCCCCUUUAUAAAGAACUAAUAAAAAUGAAUAUCAUACACACAAUCACCUGCUAGUUUUACUCUAUGUGCAGUCUAACGAAAGAUUUGUUUUUCUUUAGUCAUCAGAGCCUGGAUAGUACGAAGAAGGUUUGAAAAAUUAAAGAUGAAGAGACGUCAUGCUUCUACUGUUAUUCAGAAAUGUAAGUGUAAUUUUUCCGGUGAACAUUUCUAACCACUCAAACUAUAAACGGAGGAAAGUUCGUUUUGCACGCCUCCUCUAAGAGGCCUAGGGCAGCUAAUUUUCACUUAAUUUUGUCGUCAAAGUUGUCCCGGAAGGUGAUGAGCAAAAUGCGUUUUCUGUUUUCCGAUUUAUUGGUGUAACUUUAGGAUUUCACUCACAGGUGGAGUUAAAAUGAAUAUCUCAUUUUUGUACUGCUCAGUAAUAAGAAUAUGGACGAAGUACAUGUGGUAGCAUUUUGAAUGCAGGAUGAAAUUCCCAGGCAGAGUGUGAACGUUUGUCAGCAAUAAAACAUGUUGUGGCGUUGUUUUUUUGCAGACGCCCGCGGUUACCUCGCCCGAAAACAGUAUCUGCUGGAAUUGAAAGAGAGAACAUCAGCCGCCUUGGUUAUUCAAAGAGGUAAGCGAUAGUGAAAAGUUUGGACAAUCAACCUGGCAAAUGAGUUAAAGCAUGAAUGAAGUUGGUGCUAAGCGCUUGCGGAGAAACCAACCUCGAGUCAAAUCCCCAGUAACUUUUAUCUUUUCUACGAAGUGGAAAAUAUUUUUUUAAAGAAUGGUUAGUUAAGUUAAGCAGUCUGUUGAAGAGACAAUGACUGCUCCAUGAAGAGUUCAAGUUUUAAUUGGAUUCCUCCAGGACGUUCUCGCUGCCUCCAAGAAUCUAGUAACUGAAAAUGUUCUUCCGCUUCAGGAUUCUUUUCACGAUGUCCUUGAAUCUUAGCCUAGGCCUUCCAUGAUUUCUCUUUCCAUCGCGUAACUGGGAAUACAACAGCUGCCUGGGAAUUAAGCCUGACAAAGUCCAUCCUCUUCACAUGGCCGAGCCAUCUCAGGUUCAUCUGAAUUCAAAUAUACCUUACAUUUAGUCCUGAUAGUAACAUGUCGUGCUUUGACGUCACAUAUCGUCAGUGUCGAUGACAUCACUCGGGGAAUUAGUCCCCAGUCUCCACUCCAGUUUCUUUUCAGCAUUUUAGUUUUAUCAUGUGCUACAAGAAGGUACAAAAAAAUGCGUCCUAAUUUACAGGGCUCUGUUACCAUAUUUUUAGUUUGAGCCAGUUUUAUGUUUUGCAGCUUACCGCCGACUUGUUCAACGAAGAAAGUACAUGUGGUGGGUGAAAUGGUACCACAUUCAGCAGAAAAGAAAGUCGAGGAGUGUUAUCAAAAUACAGGCUGGUAAGAACUUUCGUUCUUUUUCCUUUUGUUUCUUAGUUUUUUUUUUCCUUUCUUAAAAAAUGGCAGUCUUUCGUUUAAUUUAUUCGGCUCUAUCGCGUAAUUGAGUGGAACAUUUUAAAUAAUUGGUUGCCCAGGGUAUUUCUUCGUAUUUUUAUUCGUAUUUUCAUUGGCUCGUGUAAUUUAUGCAACUCUAUAAUCGGCCAGAAGUGGAAGUUCCGCGAUCAUCAUUUAAGAUGCAGUGCAUUGAGGUUUAAGUAAGAAAACAUCUAUUGUAUAUUUGAUUUGCUGGUGACUCAGUGGGUGACUGUCUGUGUUGCAGUGGUGCGUGGAUACCUUGCAAGGAAACAUUACUUACGCCAGCGUCAUCUUAGGAACAAGAGUGCUGCAAUCAUUCAAGCAGGUAAACGCAUAUUACGUUAUUACAGAUGAAUGUGGCUGUUUGCAAGGGAAUAGGUCAGAAAGAAUAUAUCACAAGCGGUUUUUGUCAGUCAAAACAAAAAAUCAAUCAAAAAACCAAAAAAAAACGCGAACCAGACUGAAUUUUCAGAGGUAUCUUGAACCAAACAGUAGCAGAUCAAAAUGAUCAUUUAGGAAGUUUACAGUGAAUAGCCACGCGAAAAGGUUGUAUCUUAAGAUACAGUGAUAUACAAGUUGUGGUUUAAAUGUCAAAACGAAAAAGAUGAAAUUCUAGCAGACGUCAUUCUGCCGCUAGGCAAGGUUGCACGAAACAUUCAUGUUGCUCAUAGUACAUAAGGUUUUCUACCUCUUACUACCUUAGUUUUUUGUUUAUAUAGAGUUUUCUAGAAAUUUUAUCAUCGGAGGAAAACACCGUAAGACUUUUUUACGGACUCAAGUUUGUGAUCCGAAACUCGCUUGUUUUGAACAAUAUAAUCGACGAUUUAUAUCUGGUGGAAACUUUAAAACUGCGAGAAAGGCCAACGGCAGAUCUACAUGGUACCUCUUUGUCUUUUUCUUUUAUGCUGCUAGUUUUGAGAGUUAAAAAGAAAAGACUGUUUUUGUUAAUUCGUCCGUGAAACACGUCCCUUCCAAAUGAGUCUCGCAUGUCGAGAGGGCUAACUGGAUCUGCUGAUCUACUCAGUACACGAAGUGGGUAUUUUUCAUUACGAAGUGCAUACAGUUGCAAGAAAAUACGAUACUGAUGAGAAAAUUUCUUGGUAUAUGUUACUCCUUUGGUCAACGAUUAUUCGUAGUGGCAAGUGCAUUGAGGCUGAACCAAGGGCAAAACAGCCAGUCAUUCUCUCACAUACUAUAUCAGACUUUCACUAUCCAAACAGUGAGCGAAAACCUUUCUGCAAUGCAGUGACGGGACAAUGCUACGGAAACAAGAACUUUACUAAGUCUAAAAUGAGCUGUAACUCCCGAAAGGCUUUGAGCAUAGCGGAAGCUAAUAAACCUUGUCACAACAGAAUAAUCUAGAUACCUCGCAGUUUUAUAUUUACAUUCAUAAGGUGUCGCUGUGAGAGAAAGCAGAGUUGAUAGAAAACAAGGUAGCAGCAGGCUGAAAUAAUUUGUUUGAAGUUAAAGAUUUUCUGUCACUUACAUGAGAACACGAACUUGUUUAGGUAAUUUUAUCCUGUGAGAGAUAGAAAAUAACUUUCCGUUUAUUUUUGUUAGUUUGUUGUUUUGUUACGGUUACAUUGUUCUACCAUUGUACAAGGGAAUCUGUUCAGUCAGACGUGCUCCUUAAAGUCAUGUUUUGUUUAUUUUUUAGCUUAUCGUGGACACAACGUCAGACGAAAUUUGUCUGCCAUCAAAAGGGAACAGAAAAUGUCAGUCGAGAGAAAAAGUAAGAUAUAAAGAAGCUCAGGAAGUAAAAGUUAAUGUCACGUGAUUUUUUGGGCAUCAUUUUUUUGACGUAGUUGCUUUCUCUCAAUUCCUCGGUUAUUUUUUGAGUUGUUGGAUUUGUUUGGUUCUUAACAGAAGCCAAAGAAGGAGCAGCCCUUACGAUUCAGUCUGGUAAGAGAAUUAACUUUUUAUGACUCCAUAGUGGUAAUUAAUAAGUUGACCAGUUAGCCAAUCGUCAUUUAGCUUGGCUGUCAGUUGGUCAGUCAGUCAGUCUGUCUGUCUGUCAGUCAAUCGUUUAAUUUAGCUUUUUCUUAGACAUAUGAUCUGAUCUUUCAGACGGGCAAGUAAUUUAACCUCAUAAACUUCCAUUAACUGUGAGUCAGUCAGAGAGUUUAUGGACAUGUCACUAUUUUCAUUGUCACUGUGUUUUAUAACUGUCACCCAUCUUUCCUAAAUCCGCAUCUGUGUCCCCAAAUGCUGUAUCUAUGACUGAGCACUGAAAUUAGCUCAGAAUGUGUUAUUUACAAAUCAUAUUUGUUCCUGUAAAAUUUUACAGCUUAUCGCGGUUACAAAGAACGCCAGGAUGUUGCAAAGCUGAAGCUAAAGGCAGAGAAAAUGGAAACAAAAAUGAUUUACUUUUUACAGCAGGCAAGAAACGUUUCUCCACCUAUCUUUUUAGUUAUUAUUCUAUCUUAAAAAUCAUUAUUAUUAUUAUUUGUUAUUGUUAUUCUCGACCUAUCUUAUUAAUUUCACUGUCUCGCCUCGAAUAGCCUUGCCAGCUGCGGGCACUGCUUCUGUUGUAUUAUCUGAUCAUUAAUAAAGUUUAUUGUUGUUGUUGUUUUGUCAUUUUUCACGAAUGACGAAAGGUUUUAAUAUUCUUUUUUUUGUUUGCAGGUCCAGGAUUCGUCAGAUUCAAUGCUGAGGGCACAAAAGGGACACAAAAGUGUACGAGUUGUUUUUAUUGAUGUAGCUGUGUAGUUUUGUUUUAUCUUCGUGGAAAAAGUAAAGAGUUUUUGCGGUUAUGUUCCAAAAACUCCCAACAACAUGCAACAGGGUGUGCAAACGGACGCAACAUGUUUAGAGUUGUUGGCCAACAAUGUUGCAUCCGUUUGCAGGGGCCUUUAAGGUACAUAACUCUUAUUAUGGAAUAGUAUUUCAAGAGUUUUGAUUUCUAACCGUCACUAUUCUAUCUCUUUACAUUUUCCAGGUGGAUCUCAAAAUGAAUCGUAUCGUUAUCAGAGGUUUGUGUACUUUGUAUUUUCGUUUCUUCUUCAGGAUUAAAAGCUGCCUUUUCUCUUAAAGUUCAUUCUAAGUUAUGUUUUCUCUUUUGUAGAAGGGAGACGGUACGAACGGGAAGACUUCUGGCCAGCAGCCAAACAAAAAAUCUUAACAAGACAAGAAGAGGAAGCCCUUGCUUCACAACAAGAAACACAAAUGAUUUACUUUAUUCAACAGGUGGGCAGCACCAACCCCGUCCCCUCCACAACUACCCCUAACCCUACCUCCAGCCCCCCACCCCAAUCCCCUCCACCCAUGAGGACCCAAUUAAAAUGUCUGCCCUAUUAGAGAGGUUAGAAGCGAAGUUAAUGCAGGGUUGUCAAAAAGAUUUUAAGUAGCAGGAGAAUAAGAGAAGGUAGCCGGCAUGUGUUUCCCGGCAGGGCCGGUAGGGGAAGACAUAUCACUAUUGAUAUAAACAGUUCAAUCCAGGUUAGUAGCAGCUGUCAAACAUGAUAGCAUCGAUACUGUGUCUGAAUAAGUAAGUGAAACUUUGGUGGAAGCAUGCAAAGAAGACGGAUUGAAAGCGAGAAGCAGCAAAAUUAAAUGCAAAUCACAAAACAAAUGGCUCGAUCACCAAUGCGGGAAAAUGUAUCACUAGGGAUAUGUGUUUCCCAGGUAGGGAACACAUACCACUAGGGAUACAUGUUUCCCAGGUGAGGGAACACAUCACCAGGGAUACAAGUUUACCAGGUAGGGGUACACAUAUCACUAGGGAUAUGUGUUUCCCAGAUGGGGGAACACAUAUCACUAGGGAUAUGUGUUUCCCGGGUGGGGAAACACAUAUCACUAGGGAUAUGUGUUUCCUAGGUGGGGGAACACAUAUCACUAGGGAUAUGUGUUUCCCAGGUAGGGGAACACAUAUCACUAGGGAUAUGUUUUUCCCAGGUAGGGGAACACAUAUCACUAGGGAUACGUGUUUCCCAGGUGGGGGAACACGUAUCACUAGGGAUAUGUGUUUCCCAGGUGGGGAACACAUAUCACUAGGGAUAUGUGUUUCCCAGAUGGGGGAACACAUAUCAAUAGGGAUACGUAUUUCCCAGGAGGGGAAACACAUAUCACUAGGGAUAUGUGUUUCCCAGGUAGGGGAACACACAUCACUAGGGAUAUGUGUUUCCCAGGUUGGGGAACACAUAUCACUAGGGAUGUGUGUUUCCCAGGUAGGGGAUCACACAUCACUAGGGAUAUGUGUUUCCCACGUGGGGGAACACAUAUCACUAGGGAUAUGUGUUUCCCAGGUGGGGGAACACAUGUCACUAGGGAUACGUGUUUCCCAGGUGGGGGAACACAUAUCACUAGGGAUAGGUGUUUCGCAGGUGGGGGAACACAUAUCACUAGGGAUACGUGUUUCCCAGGUGGGAGAACACAUAUCACUAGGGAUACAUGUUUCUUCGAUGGGGGAACACAUAUCACUAGGGAUACAUGUUUCCCCGGUGGGGGAACACAUGUCACUAGGGAUACGUGUUUCCCAGGUGGGGGAACACAUAUUACUAGGGAUGUGUGUUUCCCAGGUAGGGGAAUACAUAUCACUCGGGAUAUGUGUUUCCCUGGUAGGGGAACACAUAUCACUUGGGAUAUGUCUUUCCCAGGUGGGGGAACACAUAUCACUAGGGAUGUGUGUUUCCCAGGUGGGGGAACACAUAUUACUAGGGAUAUGUAUUUCCCAGGUAGGGGAACACACAUCACUAGGGAUAUGUGUUUCCCAGGUAGGGGAACACAUAUCACUAGGGAUAUGUGUUUCCCAGGUAGGGCAACACAUAUCACUAGGAAUAUGUGUUUCCCAGGUAGGGGAACACACAUCACUAGGGAUAUGUGUUUCCCAGGUAGGGGAACACAUAUCACUAGGGAUAUGUGUUUCCCAGGUAGGGGAACACAUAUCACUAGGGAUAUGUGUUUCCCAGGUAGGGGAACACACAUCACUAGGGAUAUGUGUUUCCCAGGUGGGGGAACACAUAUCACUAGGGAUAUGUGUUUCCCAGGUAGGGGAACACAUAUCACUGGGAUUUGGUUUCCCAGGUGGGGGAACACAUAUCACUAGGGAUAUGUGUUUACCAGGUGGGGGAACACGUAUCACUGAGGCUAUAUGUUUCCCAGGUAGGGGAACACAUACCACUAGGAAUAUGUGUUUCCCAGGGAGAUAAGGUGCUGCGCAAAAAAGAAUAUAUAGAUCAUGAUUAAAACAAUUUCUUUUUUUUUUUUUGGUAUAACUGUUUUAAUGGUCCAUUUUUUGGGCUUCUUUCCAAGAAUUUGCGGGGGGCAAAAAGCCUUAAAGUAGCCGGUGAUAGCGCCGGUUGCGGGUCCAUUUGACAACCCUGUAAUGUAUAUCUAUUGUUUAUCAUUUAAACUUGUCAUCAACAUGAUCAACGAGGACUAUGCGUCGAGGGUAGCAAGGAUGGCGUAGUGAUGACAGCACUCAUCUCUCACCAAUGUGGCCCGGGUUCAAAUCCUGGCGUGUAUUCUGGGUACUCCGAUUUCCCACUCCCCACAACUCCAAUAUUGUUACUUUCAAAUUCGAUCUGGUACACACGGACACGUUUAAAUGAGUUCUCAAGAAAUCCUAAAUGCUUUACAGUUUGCGGUCACACCCAUCUGCGUUAGAUUAAAACAUGUUUGUCUCAGGGAGGUUGGUACAUUUCUGUUAAGGAUGAUGUUCAUGCGCUCAAUAAUUCUCAGUAUUUGGCUUAUAUUGGUUGACCAUGGUUUUGUUGUUCUUAGGUGAACUCGUCAUGGCAUGAGUUGUUAGAAAACACCAAAUCACAUCAGUAUCAGACGUCUGAUGAACAAACUCAGGUAAGGGAUGCACUUUUGAUUCUUGAUAUUAUAAAAAUGACCAAAUUUUAAGUUCCUUCAUCUUCCUGACACUGUUUCUUUCUCGAUGUUGACGUUGUCAGUGUUUAUAACGGUAAGCAAAUACAAGGUCAUAAAUUCAAUGACAUACAGACUUUCAGCAAUUCAUAGCCAUCAAUGAGAAAACGAGUGUUUAUUACUGCCAACUGACAAUACACACAUGGGUAGAAUGGAGCCGAGUUAGGUCGGUUUUCAAACAAGGUUUUAGCUAAAGAGGUGCAACGCUUUUUCACUGUAUUCUUGUAACCUGCCCUUCUUUUUAUCACAGAAUUCAUCAACUAGAGUACAAGUACUUCCUACUUCCCCUCAAGAAGGACAACCACAAAAGGAAACACAAGGUGCUAAUGAAGUUCCUGCUGCUGUGAGCAGCUUUGAAGUUCGUCCUAGUAAGUUAAUAAUGAGCUCAAGCAAAGGCGUUUUUGAGCGACGCAUGUCAACCGGAAGUGGAUUUUUUCAUUUUUGGGUGGUGGUUUUGCCCAAAUUGUUGGGCAAAUCGUCUCUAUAUCAGAGUGAAGACUGUAAGCAAUACAAAACCUUGACGCUACCAAUACAAAUUAGGUAGCCUCAAGGUUUUUUAAAAUGAGCUCACUUCCGGUUGACGUGCGUUGCUCAGAAACGCUUUGCUAUAGUUCUCUAGUAUCUUUACUACCUGCGAUUUUCUGUUGGAGGGAAGAUUUUUGCUCCGUAGAGGAAAGAUUUUCAUUUUUAGGGGUCGGGAAGGGGGCACGCUAUGAAUGAGGUUGACCUAGGGGGUUCACCCUGUAGAAACAACGGGUAGUAACGUAAAAAACCAAGUUCGGGUGAUCGAUUGUGAACUAACACUAGCUUGCAUUUGAGGCUAAUAUACAGAAUAUCACUGAGAAUACUAACGCGAAGUGCACGAAACCUGCGAUCACACGAUCUCGAAACAUGGACGAUUUCUUGAACUGAAUAAACGUAAUAUCUGGAGAUAUUCACAUACGAGCUCAGCACGGCCCCUAAACUCUCAAGUCCCGUCCCGUCUCUUCCCGUCCCUGCCCUCCAUCUUUUAAGUCUUUUCUCUCAAAAGUGUGCCCCAUCAGUUUUCAAGAAUCCCCAAUUUAAUUUUGUAAGAUAUUGAAAAAUAAAUGUUGCCAUACAAAAGUACUGCCAAGGUUUUUUGUUUAAAUGUCAGACACCGGGGUGUCUCGCUCGCUAACACAUUGUUACCCUUCUUUAGGAGAGAUUGUUUUAGCUGAGAUACACAGUAGAGUUUCACCUCGCAAAGACCGCAGCUACAGGUCUGUAGAUAUAAUAUUUUUUUCUCUCACUUUCCUUGCCUUUUUUCUUGUCCUUAAAACAAGGUCUCUUCAGAUCUGCUUUUCAUGUUUGCGCGGGUUCCAAUCAUUGAUGUAAAUUAUAACGACUUGAAUCCGAGGUCAGGGGCAGUUGUCAUAUAUCCUGUCCUCCUUUCUGAAAAAAAGAAUAUCACCAUAGCCUGUAUUAGCUUGCAAAACAGCCAUCUGUCUUCGCUCCUCGCCAUUUGGGACAUUUCGUCAGGAGGGAUGUCUGCGCCUCAGCGACAGAAAUUCCUUAUAGGUGACGUAAAAUUUGUCCGGAAUCUGGUUAGGAGCUCUGAAUGGUCGAUGUAGUGUUUUAUUGUUUGGCUCUCUUUUAACACUGAUCUAUAAUUUUAUUUCACAGGAAGGAAAUCUGGUCUGCGGGCGACGAAACGUACUUAAAACAUUUCACAGUAAGUUUUAUCCUCAUUUUGCUAAGAACAUAAAGAAUUCUCCGCAACAAAAGGAUGGUCUUUCGCAUCAGCCAGUAUAUGGCGCGUCACGCAACGCUCUUCCCAUAUUCCUCAAUGUAUCUUCCCAUGUCACGCAUCACUCCUACACAGUAAUAACAGUAACAGUAAAAACAGUACAACUCUGAACAUUUUAACAUAUUCUGACACUGUUGUUUACAUUUGUAGGACGCUGACAGACUGAAAAAAGAAUCGAAAGGUAAAGUGUUGAUAUUAGAAUCUAAUUACCUGAAAUAUAACUUCAGAUAAGUAGUCUCUCAGUCAGCAUUUUAAACGGACACCUUUUCAGUUUUAUACGGUUUGAUAUAUUUAAAACCUCCGAAAAAAGACCAAAAAAAACUUUUCCGUUGUCAAACCUUUCUUGUUUGAAAACCGACGUGUUCUUGCUUUUCAACGCUACAUCUCAAGAAAGUUGUCCAAAACUACUUGGAUGGUAACCUGUAGGACUCGACCUCUUUACCAACACAUGUCAUUGAGACACCAGUUGAUUUCAUAAUUGUUAAAUAUAUGGAAAAGCCCAUCGAUGAAUCGAUGACCACUGAUUUUUUUUCACUAAAGAAAUCUUUUGUUGCUGCAUUGCCUUUUUUAGAUCAAGAACGCCGUAUUCGAGAAAUGUUAUCUAUUGUUGAAGGGAACACAGAUGAAGUGAGAAAUUCUGAAGGAGGCGAGGAAAAAGCAACACCUUCAGUAGCAAAGGCCAGGUAAAAAAAAAAAAACAAAGAUCUGUAUAAAUUAAUGGUCAUAAAACUGCACUGAAGAUCUAUUAAUACAAUAAUGUUUCAUUGCUCGUAGGAAUUUUUUUGAGAAUCAAGAAAAACCACAACAACCAAAUCCUGUGUUAAAAAAGAAAAACAGCAGCGAGUGGAAACCAAAGAUAGUAACAGAGGAAAUCCCACACAAGCCUCCAGCAGCAACGAUUUUAUCUCCAAAACCAGUUCCAUCUAAACAAAAGGAACCUCAAAAUCAGGCUGAUCUGGUUAGACUGGCUUUGGCUGCUCAAAAGGAUGACGGGCCAGUUAAACCUGAAACAGCGACGAUACCUGCUAAAUUAGAUCCUUCGUCGCAGUUGGUAAGUAUCUGAGUACCUUGAAAGCAGAAGACAAUGGAGUGGUAGCAAUUUCACUAGCGUCUUCAUCUUAUGAUUGAACUUUCGUUAGGAUGGGGUAAUGGUUCAUUUGAUCUGUUGACUGAAAUAAGAAGGUCAUUUAUAUUGGUUCACUCAUCAAGAUAAAGAGGUUUGGUUACUUCCAACACCGUAGUAUGAUAGUGAAAGUAACAAAUGCUUAAUUUAACCGUCUUAGUUCCAGUUUCAUGGUGUUAUAUUUCUACUGAUGAAGAGUAAAACUCAAUAUACUUCAACACUUUUUUAUGAUUCUGUGAUUCUUUUUCAGCCUUACAUCCCCCCACCAGACUAUAAACUUCCUGCUGAGAAACGCGGCUACUUACGUCACGUGACCCCAAAACCAAAACAAUUGCUACCAGAAAACUUUCACGUGGAAAAUGUUCAUCUGAGACACCAGUUCCUUAAGGACAACCGCCGCACCCAAUCACGUGAGCAACCACAGGGAUACUCUCAUUUGCUACGAAAGACCGGAAGGAGAGGAGAACUGGGGAUACAAGAUGACGAUGACAGUGACGUCACUCGAAUAUCAUUUAACGUGCCCUUGAUGGGUGUGUCCUGAUACGCUGACUGCUGGCCAGUUAAAAAUUGACUGUGGAUAGUUUAUUUUGUAUAAUCGUGUUUUGCAGGCCACUCAUUUAUGCCAUACUUUUACGUAUCUCACGCGUGAGUUUUUUAGAAGCCUUCGUGACCGGUGAAAGCAUUUACGAGCGCAAAGGCUUCGUAGAAAAGCUGCACGGAGAAUGAAGAGGAGACCGCGAGGAUGAUUGCAUCACCUUCAAAACUCUGACAUGUGCACUAAAACCAUUUCAGAAAACUCUCUUUUAAGCCUCAGUACUGGCCUGGAAAACUUUACACCUUAACUCAAAUCCUGUGAUGGGACAGUUCAAAUACCUUUAAAAACACAUAUUAAAGAGUUAUGGAAAGCUUCGCUCGAUAAAAGAUUAAACAGGUCCACAAUAUUUGUGGCAUAAGUAGUUGAGGAGGCAUAGAAUCGUUAACUACAGCAUUUUAACCACAGGAAACCUAAGCAGACUUGGUGUGAAGACUGCACAGCACUUUUGCAGGUUUGUGCAGGAUUUAUCUAUAAAAUUCUCAAGUUAUUCUAGUACCCAGAAGCCAAACUUAACCAGUGCGCUUUGCUCACUGUGUUUUAAAUUUGUCAAAUCAGAUGUAAAAGCAGUAUAUAGAUAUAUAGGCCUUUGUAUAUACAACAGGAUAUGUACCAACCAUUUCCAAACAAUAAUUCAGAUAUGAAAUAGUCAUUUAUUGCGAGAAAUUUUUUCUACCAAAC